AUGGACGUCAAGAGUAAAAAAUUUAGACGCAACAACGUUAUCUUCCUGUCCGCUUUGAUCUGCAUAGGGACUUUGGUCGCAGCGCUGGUGUUGGCAAUCAUCGGUCAUAAAGAUGCUACAGCGGUGAAAAAGGGCCCCAAAACUUACAAAACAGUAGCCACUGGCGAGUGGGCAGACGCUGAAUUCCCAAGAAUUCAUUCCACCUGCAACAGCACGGACGUCGAGUUUAUCACCCAGGCAUUUGCUGACACCACAGAAGUCACUAAGUACGCCAAAGACGUGCUCUCGACCAACGACAGCGUGGUGGACUCGGAGGUGUACAAGCGCUGGUUCGGCGAGGGCAAGCUGUAUGAGGUUUUGGGAGUGAUUGAAGGUCUGGCCAAUGUAUCCAAAACGUCGCUUCUGCUUCGUUGCGACGAUGCCGACGGUUUGUGCAAAAAAUACCAAAACUACUACGCUGGCCACCAUCGCGAAAGCCACCCUUACGAGACUGUCAUUUGCGACUACUUUUACGACUCGCGCGUGCCGCUCACGGAGAUGUGCAACAGGGGCAACCUCACGCAAUUCGGACCUAAAAAAUAUUACGGCAUUGACAUGAUACAUCGUUAUUUCCAUGUCCCUUCUAUCAGCCAAGACGAGUUUAUCUCUGAGUUCUCCGAAGAUCUCGAAGAAACGCUAGCUUUGGCAGAGAACAAUGCGACCUACGCCGUGAGAAACGUCGACAACUACUUGUAUUUCUUGGCCGAUCUAUGGGGCAACAAAGUCAAGACCGGCGGGUGUUUCGAUAACUAA